GUGCUAGUGGCGAGAGGAGUAAAGAUGGCGGCGCGAGGGUCUCCGCCCUCUGCUCCCGGCUGAAGCGCUCUGAGGGAGGCGGCAGCGGCAACCCGAGCCCCAACAGUAAUUUAGUGUUGGUAGUUUUGGCAGCAGCUGCCGAGGCCGGAGCAAUGGCGGAGCUGGAGCACCUAGGAGGGAAGCGGGCAGAGUCGGCGCGAAUGCGGCGGGCAGAGCAGCUUCGGCGCUGGCGGGGCUCGCUGACAGAGCAGGAGCCCGCGGAGCGACGAGGCGCGGGGCGGCAGCCGCUGACCAGGCGCGGGAGCCCCAGGGUCCGCUUCGAGGACGGUGCUGUCUUCCUGGCCGCCUGCUCUAGCGGGGACACCGACGAGGUGAGAAAGCUUCUGGCAAGAGGUGCUGAUAUCAACACAGUCAACGUGGACGGCUUGACAGCCCUGCACCAGGCAUGUAUUGAUGAAAAUUUGGAUAUGGUGAAGUUUCUGGUGGAGAACAGAGCCAAUGUAAACCAGCAAGACAACGAAGGCUGGACACCCCUUCAUGCAGCAGCUUCCUGUGGCUAUCUCAACAUAGCAGAGUAUUUCAUUAAUCACGGAGCCAGUGUAGGUAUUGUCAACAGUGAAGGUGAAGUUCCCUCUGACCUUGCAGAAGAGCCAGCCAUGAAGGAUCUUCUUCUGGAGCAAGUAAAGAAGCAAGGAGUCGAUCUAGAGCAGUCAAGAAAAGAAGAAGAGCAGCAGUUGUUGCAGGAUGCCCGCCAGUGGCUCAACAGUGGGAAAAUAGAGGAUGUGAGGCAGGCUCGCUCAGGAGCUACAGCCCUUCAUGUGGCUGCUGCCAAGGGCUACUCUGAAGUCCUCAGACUUUUAAUACAGGCUGGCUAUGAACUCAAUGUUCAGGAUUAUGAUGGCUGGACUCCCCUCCAUGCUGCUGCACACUGGGGAGUGAAGGAGGCUUGCUCCAUCCUGGCAGAAGCACUCUGUGACAUGGAUAUUCGAAACAAACUGGGCCAGACACCAUUUGAUGUGGCUGAUGAGGGUCUCGUGGAGCAUUUGGAGAUGCUCCAGAAGAAGCAGAAUGUGCUUCGAAGUGAAAAGGAGACACGGAAUAAACUCAUUGAGUCAGACCUGAACAGCAAGAUGCAGAGUGGGUUCUUUAAGAACAAAGAGAAGAUGCUUUAUGAGGAGGAGACACCUAAGUCCCAAGAAAUGGAGGAAGAGAACAAAGAAUCUAGUAGCUCCAGCUCAGAGGAGGAGGAAGGUGAAGAUGAAGCUUCUGAGUCAGAAACUGAGAAGGAGGCAGGUAAAAAGCCGGAAACCUUUGUCAACCAUUCCAACUCCGAAAGCAAGAGUAGCAUCACGGAGCAGAUACCAGCACCAGCUCAGAAUACCUUCUCUGCCUCUUCUGCUAGGAGGUUCUCUUCUGGCCUUUUUAACAAGCCAGAAGAGCCCAAAGAUGAAUCUCCUUCUUCAUGGAGAUUGGGACUGAGAAAAACUGGCAGCCACAACAUGCUGAGUGAGGUGGCCAAUUCCAGGGAACCUCUAAGGGACCGAGGCUCUUCCAUCUACCGUUCCUCUUCAAGCCCUCGGAUUUCUGCUCUACUAGACAACAAAGAUAAGGAGAGAGAAAACAAAAGCUAUAUUAGUUCACUAGCACCCCGGAAGCUCAACAGCACAAGUGAUAUUGAAGAAAAGGAGAACAGAGAAUCAGCUGUUAAUCUAGUGAGGAGUGGCUCCUAUACCCGGCAGCUAUGGAGGGAUGAAGCAAAGGGAAAUGAAACCCCACAGACAAUUGCCCCCUCCACCUAUGUAUCAACCUACUUGAAAAGGACUCCUCAUAAAUCCCAGGCUGACUCGACAGCAGAGAAAACAGCAGACAAUGUCUCUUCUAGCACCCCGCUCUGUGUGAUCACCAAUCGCCCUCUGCCUAGCACUGCCAAUGGGGUUACAGCUACUCCUGUACUCUCCAUUACUGGAACAGAUUCCUCUGUGGAAGCCAGGGAGAAGAGGAGGUCCUAUCUAACUCCUGUACGGGAUGAGGAAGCAGAGUCUUUACGGAAAGCACGCUCCAGACAAGCUCGGCAGACACGAAGGUCUACUCAAGGUGUCACCCUAACGGACCUUCAGGAAGCAGAAAGGACUUUCAGCCGGUCGAGGGCAGAGAGGCAAGCUCAGGAGCAGCCUUGUGAGAAGCCCACAGACACUGAAGGGCUUGAGGGGAGCCCUGAGAAGCAUGAGCCCUCAGCAGUUCCAGCAACAGAAGCUGGGGAGGGCCAGCAGCCCUGGGGCAGGAGUCUGGAUGAAGAGCCUAUCUGUCAUCGCCUGAGGUGCCCAACUCAGCCAGACAAACCCACCACGCCAGCAUCUCCUUCUACAUCAAGACCCUCACUCUACACCAGUUCCCACCUGCCACGGACAAAUAGAUUUUCAGUCCCUGAUUCUGAGAGUUCAACGACUACCACAAAUACUACAACUGCAAAGGAAAUGGACAAAAAUGAGAAUCAAGAAGCAGAUUUGGAUGAGCAGUAUUCUAGGAGGCUGUCCGUCCGAGAGAGGAGGCGGCCCAAGGAACGACGAAGAGGUACAGGCAUCAAUUUCUGGACAAAGGAUGAGGAUGAAACUGAUGGCUCUGAAGAGGUCAAAGAAACAUGGCAUGAAAGACUUUCUAGGUUGGAAUCAGGAGGUAGUAAUCCUACAACCAGUGAUUCUUACGGUGACCGGGCUUCAGCAAGAGCCCGUCGGGAGGCCCGGGAGGCCCGUCUAGCCACCCUGACCGGUCGUGUAGAAGAAGACAGCAACAGAGAUUAUAAAAAACUCUAUGAGAGUGCUCUGACUGAAAACCAAAAACUGAAAACAAAACUUCAGGAAGCCCAGCUCGAGCUAGCAGAUAUAAAAUCCAAGCUUGAGAAGGUGACCCAGCAGAAACAAGAAAAGACCUCUGACCGAUCAUCAGUGCUGGAGAUGGAGAAACGGGAGAGGCGAGCCUUGGAGCGCAAAAUGUCAGAAAUGGAGGAAGAAAUGAAGGUGUUAACAGAACUGAAAUCCGACAACCAGAGGCUGAAAGAUGAAAAUGGUGCCCUCAUCAGAGUCAUCAGCAAACUGUCCAAAUAGGCUAGGCUCCAGAUUUAUGAGGAAACAAAGGGACAGUAUUUGCUGCCCCCACCCCUCUUUUCCAGUCCUUGCCUUCCAACCAAAAGAAAUGGAUGUUUUGGUGGAAGGACACUUCUUUCUAACACCGUCUUCAGUCACCUCUAUACGCUUUACAUUUUCUCUGCACUUUCAAUGCCCUGUUCUUCCAAAACGCCUAUCCCAAGUUUUAUGACAGUUUUAAUUGAAGCAUGAUUGUGAUAAUUCGAGCCAUCUGGAGAAUGCUCUGGGGAGUACACUAGGCUCAGCUGUGGACCCCUCAACUUCCUGCUGCUCAGCUACUUUGUCCACAUUGGAUUUGGUCCAAACAUAUAAGGCUUCUACCCAAAUCAGUAUCCUUCAGCUUUUUACAUUGACCCAGUGUCCUCUGAUAUAGGUGAGUCUUGUGGUAGCCACUCCAGGAUCCUGAUUGGGGUGCCAAGAGAAACAGCAGGAUGUUGAAUUGAUCAUGAGAUGGCCUCCGGAGCUGUUAGCAUCCAAGGUGACAGUGACUGCAUUGAGGUGCUCUAUUCUUCUUCACCUCUCAGGAACUUUUAUUUUUUCUAUCAACACCCAGUAAUCUCCCUAACUAGUUUUAACCUUUAUUCCUCCCUCAUACCUAGCCCUUUCUUCAAGGCUCAAAUGGCCCUGGCUUCAUUUAUUCCUUUCCUUUCUAUCCUUUUAUUUUUUUCCCUCCCCCACCCCCUCACUCAAUGGUAUAAAAGCUAGGACAGAGCA